CUCCAAGAUUGACAGCCAAGCAGCCUAAACCUAAUCCUCACAAAGACUAAAGGGAUUGGCAGGAUACAUUUUUCUCCGUGAGGAAAACAGUGAUUUUAUUUAUCACUGUCUUUUUUUGUUGCGUUGUUUUCAUUUUCCAUUACAAUAUCAGCGGGGAAACCAGUAUUUUCAUCACGAAAUUUCUCUAUUACCCCAUACUGUUGACGUUUACGCUUCAACAAUGGAAUCUAUCCGCACUCAGCGACUUCAACCAGGGAUAGGAUUUGGAGCUGGAUCGACUGGGACCCUACGGUCUUCUCUCCGGCCUGGGGUUACAAUGCCAACCGCACCUCUACUGCCUCCCCCGGCCUCUUUAUGUGCUUCCUCUGGGCCGCCUCCGCCGCUUCAACUGCACAGUAUUCACGGCACUAUUGGGAGUGCGGGGCUCGGAACAGGGAUGGCUGGAUUCGGUCUAUGUAAUCCAGGGAACCCGGCGGUUUUGAAGGAGGCGGUGGAGGCUGUUGUUAGGAGUUUUGCGAAGCAUACGCAGGGCUAUGGCAGAGUGAAUGUGGUGGAAGCCUUGCAAGAGUUCUGGCAGAUGAAGCAGUCAAGAGGGGCAGACCUCAGGAAUGGGGCGCUGGUGGUGUACGAGAUGGUCCCAUCAAACAACCCACCCUAUGUUUGUUACGUCAGUCUUCCAGGGGGAAGCUGCUUUGGAAGUUUCCAGUUUUGUCCAACCAAGGCUGAGGCAAGACGUAGUGCUGCCAAAAUCGCUCUGAUGAACUCGGUUUUCAACGAGCAUCCUUCCCGCCGCAUCACAGAUGACUUCAUUGAGAAGAGUGUAUGUGAGGCGCUGGCCUCCUUUAAUGGAAACCGAGAAGAGGCAGACAACCCCAGCACAGGUAUCGGGGCGUUUCGCUUCAUGCUGGAGUCCAACAAAGGAAAGUCAAUGCUGGAGUUUCAGGAAUUGAUGACAGUCUUUCAGCUGCUGCACUGGAAUGGAAGCCUGAAGGCCAUGAGAGAGAGACAAUGCUCCCGUCAAGAAGUGCUGGCUCACUACUCCCAUCGGGCGCUGGAUGAUGACAUGCGUACCCAAAUGGCUGCUGAUUGGGUGAACCGGGAGCAAGGCUUGGCUAGCACCAUCGCCCAGGAGGUGGCGGCAACAGAUCAAGAACUUGAGGAGGCCAGGCUGGCCGGUCAGGAGCUGCGCUUCCACAAGGAAAAGAAGGACAUCCUGAUGCUGGCUGUUGGCCAACUGGGUGCAGCCAACAAUGCCACCCUGCCUUCAACCUGCUAGACAACUCUACCACAUGGGUGGAAUUAAAUCCCAGGACCUGCCUUUCCUAAUGAUUGUACAUGACAUCAUCUCAAGGAUAUUGUCACAGAAAGAUCUUACACACCAAAAUAGACCAAUGUCUGUCACUUAAAUCUAGCUCACUAGAUUUUCUGCAUGAAGGAUUUUGAAAGUUAUUUGAAUAUUACAGAAUUUACGCACAUACAGUUGGAAGUCGGAGGUUUACAUACACCUUAGCCAAAUACAUUUAAACUCAGUUUUUCACAAUUCCUCACAUUUAAUCCUAGUAAAAAUUCCCUGUCUUAGGUCAGUUAGGAUCACCACUUUAUUUUAAG